CUCAGUGCAAACGGGUACAAACUCAGUACAAACGAUAGAAUUUAUUCAUUUUGCGAAAAACAAUGAAUGUGACAUACUCGAUAAAAAAUAAAUGACUUGACCACAUCCUGUGGUUGUGCCUCUACCUGAACAAUAAUGGACCAACACUUUUAAGACGAUUACAGCGGCUUAAAUUUCCGAGUGAUAACUUAUUCAGUAGCGGAUUGUUUUUCAGAGAAUCUCAAGAUACUCAACUGAAACUGAUGAAUGACAAGUCAAUAAAUGUGUUUAUAAAGUGAAUAUCAACUUCCAUUAAUAAACAUAAACAGUCAAAGUUCGUGAAAUAAUAAAAACAUAAUGGAACUGAUAUCAGAAUAUUUGGAGACAUACGAAGGGAGGGAUAAAUUUUUGAGGACAUUAUCCUAUGCCGCAAAAUUAGCAACUGUUUUUCCAAAAUCAGAGGAUACUGCGAAUAAAUUCAAGUACUUUGGCAGCCAAAUGAGUGGUUGCAGGGUUAUGUUGCGGCUUUUAGAUGACAUACCAUCGUUGUAUUAUGCCUUGACAUAUGGUUCAGGCAGGCAGGAGCCUGACCAAAUGAUCAGAUGGGUGGAGAUUGUUCAGAAUGUUAUCGACAUUGUUUAUUCACCCGUUGAAACAAUUGCUUGGGCCGCUUCACACAAACUUGUGUCCAUAGAUGUAAAUAAAUGGGAUAAUGCAUCAACGUGGUUUUGGAUUGUGUCUCUUUAUAUUGCGUUUAUGAAAUCUGCAAGGAGGUACAAUAACUUGUCAGAGUAUAGGAACCUCGUCCUGAAGAAUCAUAUGACUGAACUAAGGGCUCUCAACGAAAAAAGAAACAAUGAAUUAUUAACCUGUGGAAGAAUGCUGAUUGAUCUCAGUUAUGCCAUCAGCUACUUGCCACCGGGGACCCUUUGGGGGGGAAAGUUGAGUACCUGGCAGGUUGGAGCCCUUGGAACUCUAUCAUCCUUCAUUGCACUGUACCAAUCACUGAAUAAGAGGAUUAAGCUGAAGAAAUCUACCUAAAUAUACUCCAUCAAUUUGUUUUCUCGCUCUUGAAUAUUUAAGAUCAAGGACACGUAAUGGUGACUUGGUGACUGUGGUGGAAAAAAAAUGGUAUUGGUGAAGAAUUUUCACACAAGUAUUUUUAUGUGAGUUUUAAACCGUCCAAUGUUUGUGGAGUUCUAAUAAAUUUUAUUGGUAACGUUA